CUUAAAUCAUUUCAGUGAUUUAUUUUUGAGAUGUAGUGUUAAAAGUUACUAUCUUAAUCAAGAAAGGAAAUGUAUUUCCAAUCUAGAAAUCGCAUUAGCAGAUUCAACCCCUAUGGAACUACAGACCCAUUUAAAGUCGCAUAAGACGAGCAUAAUCGACCGGGCCAUAAAGUAAGUCAAAAGUGUCGGAAGGAAAGGAAAAACGCCAAGGAAAGCAUGUCCCAAAAAACCACUCGAAGUUUGAAUGUGAGCAAAGGAAGCCGCAAGAACAAGGAAAGCCUGGCACGAAACUGUACAGGAGGCGAAAGGACAUCGGAGCAGGAGAGUGCAAUUAUGUGCCGGCAAAGUGGAAGUCGAAGUCGAAGUCCAGCGCGGGAAUUACAGCAAUUAGUGGCAGUCACAUGCAAAUGCAAUGUCACUGGGGCUGAGUCACAAAGGUGGAUGGUUGGACAGGUGGAGGUGGAUAGUUGGUCAGGUGGAGUGGCUGGAGGAGCGCCUGAAAGGGCGCCGGCUAGGACGCCGCCUUGGUUCCCAUGGCUACGCCGCACAAUGUAAACAGAGAGAGGCGCUCCGAAGCGAGCGAAAGGGGUUGCACAGCCGGCUCAGUGGAGCACAACGCUGAGAGGCAGGAGAGGAUUCCUGCCCUGGAAGUCACUCAUCACUUCCAGCUGGGGCGCGUGCGCAGUGGCAGCUAGCUGUUGUUGUUGUCAUGGCACUGCCCCACCGCUUGCUGCUUCUUGCUGCUUUCCAGCCGAAACGCUUGACGAGUGAUGUGGAAACAUUUUCGACACAAGCAAAAGAGAGGCUUCCACCGUUUAGCCACAGCAGCGGUCGAAAUACUAGGUGCUUGACCAAGUCAGCCUGCUUCCUCAGCUAAAAUUGUAGUUGUAAGCGAAUUAAAUACAUAGCUCAACAUUAAGUUAAGCAAGUAUUUAGCAUUUUCUAGAAAUUCUUCAAGAAAGGAUUAUAAAGUUAAGCUCCCCAUUUUCUUUUUAUCUCCCCUUCUGGAGGCUUUUCCACACUUUAGAUGGUUUCUUCCGCAACCUCACUAUUCUCGUGACCUAUUAUUGCGACCCGGACUGUCCGCAUGUGUGCUUGCAUGUUGAUAGUGAGCACAAGUCCAACGCACACCGGCUUCACAGGCUGUUGCUGCUUUUAUUGCCGUCGGUUGUUAGGGGCGCGACUUUGGCAACAUUAUGGAAAAUCAGUUUGUGUUUGGAUCGCGAUGCGAGGAGCUCGUUCAGCGCAGCGGAGUACUAACUGAAAGCGUUUCGGCCAACUUUGUUCUUUGUCCGUUUGCAAUCGCGGUCAUAACAAUGAAAUAACUUACACUCAGUGCAGCUGGAGGAAAACGCCCAAAAGGAUUAAGUGCGUGUUUGUAAAACAUCAAAUACUGUGAAGCAAAAAUGUUUUAAAAUCAUGAGUCAUGUGGAAAGGGAUUUGCAUUUUAAAAUAAAUAUCUACACUUAAGGAUAUACCAAGCAGCUCAGUUGUUGAUAAGUUUCUAUAAACACUAGACUUUAGUAGGCUUUUUUUGUAUAUCUCAAAAACAGUUUUCCCAAAAAAGUCUACAUAUUGGUUUCGUAUUGAAUGUUGGUUAAUGUUUUUAAGUUAACACCUUUAUUGAAGUGCUUUCCUUUUCAUCUUAUUUAAACCGCGCAGCCUGCAGUUAUUAACGGAAUUCAUUUUUUGUCCCCAAUUAAAUCUUCCUUGUGCCAUAAAUCAGUUUACCAGUUUAAUAAAAUAAAAAAAGUCGCCAGGGGAAAACAAGUUCACAGUCUGCGGCCCAGGCGAAUAUUGGAAAAUGUAACCGUUUUUACACAGGGCUAAACAAAGGAAAAGUUGCACAUAAAUUCAAUUGGCGAACGUUUAUGGCACAUCGCAGAUAAACGCAAAGUUAUUGCUUAAAUAACAAAACAAGAGCAUUACAAAUGGAGUAUGGAAAGUGUUAAAGAACAUCGCGUGAAGUGACUGAGUUGAAUCUUAUUUUCAUGAUUUGUGCGCAAGUGUUGUGUGGCUCUGAAAAGCUGAGAUACUAUCAACUAACUUAAUUGCUGAUCCUGUAUAAUAACGCUGUAUAAAAAUGCGGAUAAAUCACCAAUGGAUAUGCUAUGCAAUCUGCGCUCUCUGCUGUUUGAAUAAAGCUACUCUGGGUGCCAUUCUGGACUCACGUUGCUAUCUGGAGGGCGGAGGUUCCGCGGAGAGUUUUCUUGCCACCGAGGAUCUGGCGGUGGGCUCCAUCAUCGGCAAGCUUAGGAUCAAUGGCGAUGCCAAUGCGGAAACGGGCGACAUUAAUCUCUCAUUGAGGGAGAAGAAUGCUCCCGUUGAGAUUCAUCCUGGCACCAAGGAGCUGGCCCUAUCGGUGGAGCUGGACAAGGAGGGUGUGAGAGGUCCGUCGUCCAUCUACGUGAAUGUGAUCUGCAUACGACGGCAUUCCACGGAUCCGAGCUUCGUCAUUCCCGUGAAUGUGCGCGUAACUGAUGUGAAUGACAAUGCGCCCCAGUGGAUCGGUACGCCCUACACUUUAACCCUUUCGGAGGUGACCGUUCCGGGCACUAGAAUCCUGCAGGGCGCCCGUGCCGAGGACGCCGACCAGCCGGGUCCCUUCUCUACGGUGGAGUACCAGGUGCUGCCGGGACCGUACUCGGAGUACGUGCAGUUCCUCAAUCCGCUGGAGGGCACGCUGGUGCUGAAGAAGGCCCUCGACUACGAGCAACUGCAGAACUUCACGGUGAAGUUGCGGGCACAGGAUCAGGGCACACCGCCGCGUCACUCGGACACGCUGCUGCGGGUGGUCAUCACGGAUGCGGAUGACCAGAACCCAAAGUUCCAGCGGGAGUCCUACAGCGCUGAGAUACCAGCGGAUGGCAGGCCAGGUGAGCUGCGCAUGCGGCCGGAGCCACUGAAGGCGGUGGAUCAGGACGAAGGGAUUUGUGCGCCCAUUCAGUACACGAUAGUCCAGUCGCAGGAUGCCAAGUACUUCCGCAUCCAUCCGCACAAUGGCGCCAUUAGCCUGCUAACACCCAUUGGCUAUGCGGAUGUGGCCAAUGGAGCCACGUUAGUGGUGAAGGCCACGCAGAUCGACAAUCCAGAUCGCUAUGCCUUGACCACCGUCCAGUUGACGCGACCUGGCAGUCACAGUGACUUGAGCACUCUGGCCUUCGUCCAGAAGAGAUUCGUGAUGCGCAUUCGCGAGGACACGGCAGUGGGCAAUCGGAUUCUAGCACUGCCCACCAAUAAGCCCGGCAAACACCUCAAGUACAUCAUUUCCGAUCCGGUGAAUUCACAGUUCUUCAGCGUUGGAUCGCUGGGAGAACUGGUCCUGGCCAAGCCACUCGACUACGAGAAGAUGACCAAGCACGAGUUCCAGGUGCUGGCCACCGAUGGCAUGACCAACAGCACCGCGGAACUUACACUGGAGGUAAUCGACGUGAAUGACUGGGAACCGCGGUUCCGGGAAACACACUACGAGUUCAUGGUGCCCAAGAGCCAGGCGCUGCAAUCCCGCGCGGAUUCCUUCGAGGGCGUGCUCAUCGGCAAGGUGGAGGCAGCUGACGGGGAUCGCAACGACAAACUGGAACUCUCGUUGCGUGGUCAGCAUGCCGGACUGUUUGAAAUCGAUUCCACUGGAAACAUCUACAUGCGUCCGGAGCAACUGCAGAGUCUCAACGAGUCCACGGUCCAUCUGAUAGCCAUUGCCACGGACACGGGCGUGCCGCCCAGGAGCACUUCCGUGCCGGUGAGUGUCACCAUGGAGGGUCUGACCCUGGCGCGGUCCGGAUGGAACAGCAACAUGUUGGGCAUGUUCGGCAUGAUUGUGGGCCUCUUUCUGAUGAUCAUCGUGGCGCUCAGCUGCUACAUUGUGCGAUCGAAGAAGCAGGGCAAGAGUGCAUCCAGCGGAUUGGGACUCGGUCGGAAUCGGGUGCACAGCCAGGCGCACAGCAGCGUGUCGUCUGCCAAUCUGGUUACCCACGAGAAGCUGGCGGGGAAUGGCAACGGCAACGGAGCCAGCGUCACCAGCGGCGGAGUCUCUGUGCUGCACAUGAAGCACGGCGGUAACAUCACCAUGGCCAAUCCGAUGAACAAUGGCCUGCAUCACGUGGCCAGUGGAGCCAGCAGUAGCAUGGCCCUCGGCAGUUCCGCCGCCCUGUUGGAGCGGGAACGCGAGAGGGAGCGGGAUCGGGAGCGUCAGCGGGAGAGCUAUGCGGCCACAGUGCGCAGCAUAGUGUCGCGCGCCUCCGCCAACGGCCAGCUCUUCGAGGAGGAUGAGAUCGAGCACGACUCACUGCAGACGGAAAACAACAACCGGAAGGUGACAGCCACGGGAGCGGGAAGCGGCGGCGUCACCACCAUCAGCACCACGCCCGCCAAUGUGGGCUCCAAUCUGCUAUCCGCCACCGAUGCCAUGGGCUCCUCGGAGAACAACUUGACGGUCUACUUUUAGAGCGCAGGAGGGGGAGCCAGUUACUCCCGGCGAGCUUGUAAAUAUCGCUGCUAAGUCAGUUUAGGAUUAGGUUUAGGCCCCGCACACGUGUAUGUACAUUGAGUAGACCAAAUAUAGCAUUGUAAACAGACUCGGCACCAGAUCUAGACUAAGUCCAAGCGAUUUCCAUUGUAAAGUUUUGCUUCCCAGAAUGUAAGAGGAUGCGUCCUAAUAAAGUUUUCGACUAUUCAAGCAUGUUGGCCCCUUCCAUGCAAACAGUUUACCUUA